AUGGUCGACGUUUUUCACAACGAGGCCGGGCUUGCCUCGACGGCGCCUCGGCCGGUUCGCAAGAAAUUCGCCAAACCACCUGUCAAAGUAGCUUGUUUGCCUUGUCGCGCCUCGAGAACACGAUGCGGCGGCCAAGAGCCUUGUGCCAACUGUGUCGCCAAAGGCCGAAAAUGCUCGUAUCUCCCCAGCAAACGAGGGGGCCCCCGCAAAAAGAAGCAAAAGGCCUCCCCAUCGCCGGAUGAAGAGCCGCGUCUUGAUGCUGAUUCUCACUAUUCGGUGGAUCCCUCCCCGGAGUUUGACGAGGCUCCGGGGAUGUUCAGCCAAAUCGAUGUUCUAUCUCUGCCAGGCGCCGGAUUACGACAUCUGGACUUCCCCCAAGUAGCAUCUGUAUUCCAAGGCUACUUUCCGGGCGAUGAGAAUUCAUCUCAGAUCCAUAUGGAAUUGAUGCCGUCACCAUUGACCGCCACGUCCUGCUUUGUGAGAACUUACGGCAGUGAACCGGAGAUUUUGAAUGCCUACUAUGACUUCAUCCAUGCUUAUUUUCCUAUUCUUCCACCUCGGGCCUCACCCCCAUGUCAGGACCAACCAUUACACUAUCCAGUGUCUAGUUCCAAUCCGCCAUCAGAGCCUCUCAUGAUUUAUCGGCCUCGCUCGCCGCUGAGCCUUGCAAUCUCAGCAAUCCUCGCGCUAAUUCCGCACCCAAAUGACCCUGAGCCAUCCUCUCCAGCAUCGGUUCUUCAGCGCCGAAAGUACGCCCAUACGUUUGCUCAACUCGCCAAUUCGAUCAUUGAGGCGGAAUGUGACCUUGAGUUAUCAUCAACAGAUCCUGGUCAGGCUCUGUCAAGUACGCGGCCCUCCGUCAACCGCGAGAGAUUCCAUUCGAGGACCCCGGAGGACCUCGAGACUCUUCUUGCUCUUUUAAUCUUAUCUGUUUACGAAUAUUCGCAACGUGGGAACUUACUGAAAAUGAGAUACCGCGCCAGCCAAGCAUUAGCACUUGCUUUGGACAAGUCGCUUCACGCAUACAUGAACGAAGAUGAAUCAUCUGAAGCCCGUCGUAGAGCCUGGUGGAUGACGUAUUACUGUGUCAUUCAAGGUUCUAUUGUGAGCACAACACCACCCACGAUUGUCAUCAAUGACCCUCAAUUCACGACUCCAUAUCCACGGUUCAGUGCAGACGCAGAGGGCUGGUCAAUCCUGAUACAAGCGCAACAAGUCUUGGUGUCAGCCACGCAGUUCAUCGUCGACCUGAACAAAUCCCUCUCAUCCCAGUCAGGGAUGCAUUAUAUGUUUGAGCGGAUGCAACAACUCGACUCUUGGACUAAUUCGGUGCUCGCUCAGACCGAGCUUCUUCCUAUAAGCUCGCAGGAGCCUGGCUUUGGUGACUAUGAUGAAACUAUCACAGCUCAAAGUAUACGAUCCAUAUGCCGAAUCAAGCUGUCCAGUGCACAAAUCAAAAUUCACCGCUUUCGAGCGUUUUCCGAUAUCCCCAUCUUCAUCAAGAGGCACUGCGACCUGACAGCCGCGAAUCAUAGCGACCAACCCACAGACAUCAGCAAUAAACCAACUAUCUCAGGUAUAGCGAUUAGCAGUGCUUCCUGUUCCUGCAGUAAUCUGGACCAAUUUCAGCGUGCUUCAUCUUCGGAAUACAUGACACCACCCGACUCCUCUACUUCAUCCGACAUCCACCCCUACAUCCCUAAGUACCCACAAUACCCCUUCGCCUCCGGAUUCCCAUACAGCCCACAGCAUUCGGCGAAAAUUUGUCUCCGCGCUGCGCUUGUCAUAUCUAGCAUGUUUGAAGGCCUCCCUUAUCCACAGCCAUUGUCUGAGAACGACCAACGAAGACCAGGCCGGAUCUUGCCCCGUACAAUGCCGUCAUUCGCGUGCUGUCUGAUGCAGAGCAGCUACGCAAUGUUUAUGCUCUUCUACAAAACCCGUGUAGCGAAGCAGUACUCACCAGAGUCAGAGAACGGUCUCGCGACCGACGCGACCGACCGACUUGUGGAAGAGUUGCGACAGGGGUUGGAGCGCAUAAUCGGGGCUGUGUCGAACUAUUCACUUGCAUUCGAGGCGUUGGAUGGGAUGAGAGAUGAAAUCCAAGGUGCAUAUUCAACGGCGUUCCCUAUUGCAUCGGAUUAG